AAGUACUAUUUAUUACUUUGUCCUCUUUUGUUCCUCUGCUUCUUCUUUUUGGGGUCACUCAAUUCUUCAUGAUUCUUGAAUUUGUUAAAUUGCUGCUAGUGUUGUUCAUUGUUCAAUCCAUUUAAAGGGUGUUGAGGAAAAGUGUUUCCAAGAUGUGGGGUUGAGGAAUGGGAACACAAGUGCACUACAAAGGAUUCCUACCAAGCUAUUACUCUAUGAAGGACCUUAAUGAGGAUUCUAACAGCAGCAGUUGGACCCCAUCUUAUGGAGAUAAGACAUUACCAAACGGGCAAUAUUGUAAUGGUUUCACCCCGAGGACUACAACUAAUGCAUAUCCAGGGUAUGAUAAGGACAUUCUAAAGCAGACAAUGCUUGAACACGAGGCCAUAUUCAGGAAUCAGGUGGUGGAACUUCAUCGCCUUUACAGAAUUCAAAGGGACAUGAUGGACGAAUUUAAAAGGAAGGAAAUGCAUAAAUAUCGCUCAUCAAUGGAGCCAUCAUGUUCAUCCAGUCACCUAGGACCUCAAGUACCAUCUGAGGAUGUUCGGAAAUGGCACAUCGCAAACUUUCCGUUGGAAAAUUCUAGUUAUACUAGACCAUCUACAUCUGGUACUGAAAAUGUUAAUUCUCCCUUUAGUUCUUCAAAAGGAGAUGUUGUACAGCCUGGUCGAGUUCAAAUGCAAAAUGGUUAUUCUUCGAAAGCCUGUGAUAUUUUGGAGGCUAGGCCCUCAAAGGUCCGGAAAAUGUUGUUUGAUCUUCACCUUCCAGCCGAUGAUUACAUAGAUACAGAAGAUGGUGGGCAGUUGCGAGAUAAUGCAGGAUCUUUACAUCCUAGUUAUCCUGUUAAUGGAAAUUAUGUAGUUCCUCAAGAGAAUGGAAAAAAAAAUUUUCUUGGUGUUGAUGGGGCUGCAAAAGGUGAUAGCCGAAAAGAUGCUUCAACAUCCAAUUCAUGUUUGAGAAGCUCAAUUGGGUUGGCUGACCUAAAUGAACCAGCGCAGCUUGAUGAAGCAACUGAUCCUGUUGAUUUUCUUGGUUACGGUAAUAAUCAUAAAGAGACUAGAAGCAUAAAUGCUUCUGCAAAAUCAAAUCCACCAUUUGUGGCUUUGCCUUGGAAUUCCAAUUGUGCCAGCCCAAAUGAGUCUUUAAGUAACCUAUACAAUCGCAGUAGAGGCAAAGAGAGGGAGUGGUUGGUUUCGGCAUAUGAAACCGGUAAUAUCAAAGGUAGCUCAGUUUCAUUACCAAGAGGUCUCGAAGAAGAAAAGAUCCCUGCAGCUUCCCAUCAAGCACCAGUAAUGAUUAACAAAGCCUAUCAAGCUCCGGGCGCUCAUCUAGUUCACCAUAUUAAGGAUGGCAUUUGGAAAGAUAGAACAGGACAUAGUUUAGAUAUGUCUCACAGAAAUGGUGAGCAGUCUAAUUAUACUCAAGUGGGACCAUUUGUUACUUCCAAGAUGGCUAGUCCAUUUCCAUGUGCAAGUUCCUCUGAAUUUAGCAGUUCGUGGCCGCAUUCUGUCUCUUCUUGGGAGAAGCCAAACGGUAGCUUUACUCAGAGGUUAUCCUCAUUGCAUACAAACUCAUUUUUCAACUCAUCUGCAGCAGUUGGUAUGGGUUCACAGUCAUCUCAGAGACAAAUUGGAGACUAUUGGCAAGCUAAUGGUGGCAGUUCUAGGGUGCGUCCAGGCUGUCCCAGUGGGAUACCCAACCGAAAUGUUUUCUACCAUGGGUCCUCAUCUGGGACAAAAGAAUCACCAAUUCACGUCCCUUCAGGUGCUUUUGACUCUUUGAGCUACAUUAAGGGGGACCGGUUUACAUCUGAACAUUCCUCUAAUAAUGCAUGCGAGAAUUUUCUCAUUAGUUCUAACAAUACGGAUGUGAAAUCUGCAAAAGGUUUCAACUUAAAUGUGCUAGCAACAAGUGCACUCAGUGAGGAACCUCCCAGGCAAGAUGUUGAGUUUAGUAAUGAAAAAAGAGAGCGUCAAGACCCUGUGACAGUUUUGCCGUGGCUUAAAGCUAAAGCAAAUUAUAAAAAUGAGGACGUCAAUACAAGGAUAGGUGGAACUUCAGCAGAUUCAGGAUUUGUCCAGGCUUACUCAAACUCUCCUUUCUGCCAGAGUGAUCCAUCAGCUUUGGAACAUCACCAUAUGAAGACCGCAAAAGAAGUGUGCGAGAUGGGACAUGUAAGAAAAAUUCUUGGUGUUCCAAUCCUCGAUAUUCCCGUUGCUUCCAGAAAUGAGUCGUCAUCAUCACUUGUUUUUGCUUCUGCUAAUCUUCGUACCUCUCCUGAGAGAAAAACUAUCAAACAAGAGAGGAGUAUGGUGAUCGACAUUAACGUGGCUUGUGACCUUUCUAUGCUUGAGGCUGAGGAACCUUAUGUUGUAGAACAAAUUGCUACUAAGAAAGUGAUGGAGACAAAAGCUAUGAACAUCAGGAAUCACUUUGAUUUGAACUCAUGUAUUACUGAGGAUGAAGAAGAACCAGUUUCUGCUGUAACCGAUAAGGCCAGUGUGAAGACUAUUCUGGAUAUAGACCUCGAAGCCCCUGUACUUAUGGACAAUGAACAAGAUGAUUUGCCUGGAGAAGACGAUGAGAAGCAACAUGAGGCAUCUUCGCAGCUGCCUAACCAUAAACCUGAGCAAACACAGGAGGAAUUACUCAGGACUGCAGCAGAAGCAAUAGUUGCCAUCUCAUCAUCCACUCAUUGCAUCUCGACUGAGGAAAGACACAGUGAUACGUCUGAUGAUCCUCUGACAUCUCUUCGAUGGUUUGUUGAUGUGGUCUCUUCUUGUGCAACCGAGCUAGAUAGUACUCCAUCUGCUAAAGAAAUUACAUGCAAGAACACCAACAUGAUGGUUACACAUAGUGCUUUUAAGGAAAUUGAUUACUUUGAAGCAAUGACAUUGCAAUUAACAGAGACCAAGGAGGAAGACUACAUGCCCAAGCCAUUUGUUCCUGAAGUCCAAACAGUGGAAGAUGCAGGAGCCAGUUCACUAACAAACCGACCCCGAAGAGGGAAUGCAAGGAGGGGAAGACAGCGGAGGGACUUCCAAAGGGAUAUCCUUCCCGGUCUAGCUUCAUUGUCAAGGCAUGAGGUGACCGAAGACAUUCAGAUAUUUGGAGGGUUGAUGAGAGCAACAGGCCAUACUUGGAACUCCAGUUUGACAAGAAGGAAUGGGACAAGAAAUGGAGGUACUAGGGGAAGGCGGAAAAAAGUUGUGGACACCAGUACCCCAGCCCCGGUUUUGACCACAACAACAACGAGUUCUCCACUAACACACCAACUUAAUAACAUUGAAGCCAGUUUGGAAGACAAUAAAAGCCUAACAGGGUGGGGAAAGACACCUAGACGCCCUCGGAGACAAAGAUGCCCUGCAGGCACUCCUUCGGCUGUCCUGUUAACUUAAAACACAGGGAAAACGAGGCUGUAAUUUCAUCCAUUCAUCGCUCAUAGAGUGACAUUAACCGAUUAACGGAUUUAGGGAGCUUCUUUUAUGAAUUUCAGGAGUGAAUUUUUUAGCUGCAUGGGGAUUGUUGUUGUACAUGUCUUUGUUCUUGCUCCAUAAUUUGGAGCCCCCAUUAUUAUGUUUCUGCCAUUGGAUCUACUGACCCUGUAUUCAGCAAGAUGCUGCAUAAUGUCUUGUGCUAUUAGCAUUUUAUUAAUGCUAUUCAGUGAAUGUUGUUGGCUUCCA